AUGACAUUAAGUGCUUUAGAAGCUCAUAAAAAAUACAAGUCUAUAAACACAGAAGAUAAAAGAACCAAUAGUAAUUAUGAAAGAGUUCAAGCUAUAACUAAAACAGAACAAAAUAAUAACGACCAUAAUACAACUAAUAAUUUUGAUUUUUCUAAUACUGAUAUUGUAUUAAAAAAUAUAAAUGAAAUAUCAAUAAAAAAAAAUCUACAAAUUAUAUCAAAACCAAGCAUUAAUAAACAAUUUCUAGACAAAAAUGGUUGUACAGUUGAGAUUUUUGGAUUUUAUACAGAAGAAAAACUUAUUCUUCAAGGGUUUUAUGAAUUCAAAGUAAUAAAAGGGAUAAUUUCUAUAAUGUCAUCAGAAUUUGACUCUUCUAAUACAUCUCAAUGGUAUCGUAUAUUUAGUUUAACAACUGAUUCAAUACCAGUAAUUUCUUCAGUAUUAUCAAAUAAAAAUUCAAUUGAAACGAGUUGUUUUAUACAUUCUAAAGAGAUAUGUUCCUUCAUACGGAUGUUAGAUAGUUUUUUAGAAUCUAUUAUUUGUAUAAUUGAUGAUUUUUCAAAUCAUCCAUUGUUAAACAUUCCAGAAUCAUGGUUAUCUGCAAUAGAUAUUAUACAUUCUUCAAACUUUGAUAAUAAAACUGCAAGGAUUAUAAUUUGUGGACCGAAGUCAUCUGGAAAAUCAACAUUUGCAAAAAAUUUAAUAAAUAAGUUUUUAACAGGAAAAUAUAAUAAACAUAAAACAAUAGAAGGAAUCAAUUAUAUUGAAACAGAUCUAGGGCAACCGGAAUUUUCGCCUCAUGGAAUAAUUAGUUCUCAUUAUAUCAAAAAACCUGUUAUCAAUCCAUCAUUUACUCAUUGUACUCUUCCAUCACUUACAAAAGCACAUUUUCUCGGAAAUAUAUCACCACAAAAUAACCCAAAACAUUUUUUAUUAUGCAUUAAUGAUAUAUUUAAUACAAAUAAAAGAAAUAUUCCUACUAUUAUUAAUACACCUGGCUGGACUAAAGGUAUGGGGUUGGAACUCUUAAAUGAAAUCAUAAAUCUAUCAAACUGCACAUAUCUUGUAUAUAUUGGCCCUAAAACUAACGUCGAAAUUUUCGAUACCGAAUUAAUACUUCCAUCAUCCGUUGAACUUCUUACUCUUCCAUCUGCUCGCGAAUUUAUUAAUACAUGUGGAACGGUAAAAACUAAUACAGCAGAUCUACGAGAAUUAUCCAUAAUAUCAUAUUUUCACUCAAUAAAUAUUUCUGAAGAUAAUUGCCAUACAAACUGGGAAUUUGAUUCAUAUCUUCUAGAUAUGAAACCUUGGAUCGUAAAGUAUGAUGGAGAUCUGAAUGGUAUUGACGCAAUAUCCGUCUUAAAUACUACAUUAGAUAUAGAAGAAUUUUACUAUGCCAUAAAUGGGACUAUUAUGGCUUUUGUAGUUGCAGAUGAUAUCACAAAAAAUAAUGAAAACACAUGGAAAUCCAUUAUUACAAAAUCUAAAGACUGUCUACCAAUAUUAAAUAUGGAGAAAAAUCCUAUUGAUCCUAAAAUCAGUCAAUGCAUAGGCCUUUGUAUUUUAAGAGGAAUAUCAAGGAAGUCUAAAGAACUCCAAAUUCUGACACCCAUUGAUACAUUAACUUUAAAUAAAUAUUUGAAUUCCAAUAAAAAAAUUAUUCUGGUUCGAGGAAAUCUCGAACUACCUAUUUCACUUAUGAUUAAUUGCAAAAAAAAUAAAGAUGCCAAAAUAGACUGGAAUAAAGCACCAUAUCUUAGUUUGGAAAACGAAGGGUUAGGUUCUAAAGUAUGGCAUCCUAGAAAAAACAUAGAACGCCCAGCUAUGCGCAUAUAA